AUGUUUGACGGCAAGACUUCACGUCCAACUUGGAAGAUUGAUGACGGGAACGGCGAUCCCAACCCGGGUCUGGUUGAAAAGAAUCGCAACAGAAAGACUGGUCAUCCCACUUGGAAACUGUACACUCGCAACGUUCCCAACCCGAUCCAAAAGGGCGCAGAUGAACCACCUCUUUACGUGUAUCUCGACGAUCGCGCCGCCUACGACAUCCUUCAACAAUCGAGCGUGUACAAUGCUCAUGAGCGCCAUCGCAAUUGGCCUUUUGAUUUCGAUUCACAAGGCAAGAUUCCUGCGUCGCGCCCGAACCGAGGACGCCCAGUGUAUGAGCCCGGUAGCAAUUCCUCUUUCGUCGCGCUGACCAAGCGUGGUGGCGGUCAGUACUGGCUUUGCGGCGCAUUGCCCGCACCGCCCGCGCCGUCUUCGAGCAAGGCGUCUUCCAGCAAGGCGUCUAGUGUAAGCGACAAUGGCUUUCUUGGAGGGAACAACCGAUCUAGCCCUACAGAGUCCCACACUGGCAUAUCCGCUUCUGUUAAUCAUGCCAAAGACACUUCUCUGCUCUCGAACGGUGAAAUCAAUCAUGAAGCCGACGACGUACAGCAGUCUUCGGACCAGGACAUCCCUUGCCUCAGUAUUGAAAUGGAGCAAUCACAACCCAAGAAUGGAACCCAGGCGCCAACUGUCAAAGAAGAGGAUGCGGUAUCUGAGCAACCCUCCGAUCCUCCACUCGCCGACAAGAAGAAGCGUCGCAAGGCAUCCCUUCAGACUUCAGCCGCCGAAACACAGCACCGCAGGGCCUCCAAGACUCUGCCGUCUCCAGUGGCUCACAAUCCUCUCAAUAAAUCCCCUGAGCAGCUACUUCACGCCACUGCGGAGCCUGAGGAUCAACCAGCCAACGACAUAUCCGGUUCUCGUUCGCCUGUCUUCCCAGUCACACAUGCUCAUAAAGCCCCGACUCCUUGUGGAGCUUUCUCCUCUCCUCCGCCUGUUGAUACCAACCUCCAACACCACGAUGCUGACACCCCAAUGGGCGGAGUUCCUCUCCCUCUACAAAGCGAGGUUUCAAUCAACAACGUCAAGCGCAAUGGUACAUCUUCAGCCAACAGCGAAAACCUCUCUCAUGCGCCUAAACGACUCAGAAAGUCGAUUCAACCCUACGCACCACCUCCCAGCGUACUGGUCUACGAAGACGAAAACACACGCCUGAAGAGCGAGAACGAACAGCUCCGCAAAGCGCUGAAGGAGGCCAAAGCGGAGUACGAAGCCAAUGUUUGCAACCUCGACGAUCAACACGCCAACAAGCAGCGCGCUCUGCAAGCCCGCCUUGAUACCAUCGUCUCCGAGCGCAACGCCUUCCGCACACUGGCUCAGUCGCUCUACGCGCACAAAGUUGAUUUGCAGAACGAGUUGGCUGAUCGCCACAAUGCGCUAACGAACCUCCUUGAUGGCCUUGAUAGUCAGCGCGCAGACCUCGAUAAGUUAGCUGUUAGGUCAAGAAGAGAGCUUAAACCGACUGCGGCGCUACAUCGUAACGUGGAAGAGGUUCUUGAUGAACAAGGGGAGAAGUUCCAGCGAACAGGACUAAAGGAUGCUUGGAAGGACUUCCUUUCUGAGGCGAUGGAGUUCUAA